AAAAAUAUGAAAUAUGGCGACGUGCAGCGAGACUUUACUUGACGAUGAAAUUGCAGUUUUGCAGUCAAUUUAUCUGCCAGAUGAACUAGAAGUAAAUACUUCAGAUGGAGGAUUGCAUGAAAUUAAGGUAUUGCUUCACCCCUACACUGCUGACAAUGAUGAUGAGAGAUAUGUUUGCAUGCAGCUGGUUAUCAGACUUGAUAAAAGGUAUCCACAGUCAAAGCCCAAGUUUGAAAUUAAAAUGCCAAGAGGAAUUUCAGAUGCCCAACUUGAGAGUAUAUUAACAAACCUCAACAGUUUGGCUUCAAAAAGAAUUGGUGAAGAGAUGAUGUUUGUGUUGAUAGAGUAUGCCAAAGAAUGUCUGACAAAUAACAACAGACCAGAGUGCCCAUGUCCUAUUUGCCUAGAUCUGUUUGAGGAGGAUGAUGAAUUCACAAAAUCAGAAUGUUUUCAUUAUUUCCAUGGCGCUUGCAUGGCUAGUUACGUGACGUCAUGUACCGCUGAGCAAAAGGAGGAUACUGAUAAAGUGGCUAGGGAGAAAUCAAAACACAGUGAACAUUUCAUACCUUGUCCUAUAUGCCGUGCAGAUAUUGACACUAGAAACUUGAAAACCGAUUCUCCUGAUUCAAAAUCAAAAGAUAACGAAGAGAUCGUUUUUCAGCCAUCUGAAAAAUUCCUUUCCUGGAGGAAGCAGAUGAGAAAAAUAUUCUUACGACAGCAGAAACGCGGUGGGAUAAUUGAUGUUGAAGCAGAGAAAAACAAAUUCUUGAUUGCCACCAAGAAAACAGAGGAAAAGACAGUACCUGAAGAGACAAUUCAAGAUAACAACUGGACUUCGGGGAAUGGAACACAAAUUUUAAUGAACAUUGAUCAUUGGACUAAUGAUAGAGUUGAAAGGAAGACUUUAGAUACAACACAGGCAAGAUCGUCGGGUGGAAAAAUUGUAAGUGGGUGUAAUAGAAACAAUGCUGACUCUAUACGCAAACCAAGCAACAGAAAUGUAACAGGAAAAGGACCAUGUAGGAGCUCGUCACAGGAUAGAUCUUUCGAAAAAGACAGCACAAGGACGAAAAAGCAUGAUUCUCUUUAUAACGAAAGAUUAAAAUGCAGUGACGGUAGUGUAGCGCGAAAUGAACAGUUUAAAAGGCAUGGCCAAGUUAAAAGUCGGGUACUAUCCUCUGGCCAACCAGAAGCAAAAAGUACAAAAUCGCAAGAUAGUUUUCCAAAUUCUGGGCGAAAAAAAACUGUUAAGCCACCACCCGGAUUCAAGCCGAUAGAUUAGUAUUUUCUUAUUCUGAAUCGUCAAAUGCACGUAUUUGUUUGUUCAGGGUAGGGAAAUGGUGCUUUUAUUUCGAAAAGUUGCUUUUUAGUAAAGAGAAAUAGAACAAUGUUUUUCAUUAAAGAUUCACUAGAGCCUUAGGCAAUCUUUUCAUUAAUUAAAUCAUUGGCCUUUUUAUACACCAUUUUAUUUUAUCCUACUCUCAAAAAUUUAUUUAGGAUGUUUUUGUGGUCCAAAUCAGUGGGUGUUACAUUGAUAUUUUCAUAGAAUGUUGGUAAACAAUAGUUUUCAUAUUAAUAUUUUUUAUGAUUUUGUUAAACUGGUUCCUCUCAGGCCGUUAUAAUUUCAUCGUUUUUUGAAUGAAUGGUCGAACAAUUGCCUCCGUUAAUUUUUCCUCAAAAGCAGAAAGAAGUUCCUGUCAAGGCAAGGUUUGCUCUCAAGUAGAAAGGCAGAAUUUCCUUUAGAACAGCUUAUUGUAACUAAUGCCGAGACUUGAUAUGCAAACUGCUUUGCGGAGAGUGAAUUACUUUCUAUGUAUAAUUUCUCGGCUAUAAAUUUCCUGUCAUUUCUAUUUGGUAUGUACAUUGUCAUAUAUGAUUUAACGUAUUAUAACCUGUUCCUGUAAUAAUUUGCGAGGUUCAAAGUUAUAAAAAAGCAAUGAGAGAUGAUUGGUAAAUGUUGAAACGAAUCACAAGUCUCUAAAAGUUUCCUGGAUUCAUUUUAACGCAACCUUUUGAUGUCUGGUUCUGGAUGUCAAGGAAUACAGCACGGCAGUUGUUCUAAGAAAUUCAUUUAAAGCUUUAUGUCGUGUCUUGUAAAAACUGCAAACUACCGAUCAGGACAUUGUGAGACGUUUUAUGAAAGCAAGUUAAAGUUGUUUGUUUAUGUUCAUGUUUUUCUGUUGAAAUAUGAUAAUAUAGCUUUCAGAGCUUCCAUAGUCAAAUUCCGCUUGUUUCCAAGUUUUGUUCAGAUACAAAUUGAUUUUCAAAUUGUCAUAAAUAUGCAAUAACUUAUAAGAAUCUGUGCUUCGUGGGAACGCUUUCAUAAACGUGCUUUAAAACAUUUUCACGUGAGAAGUACCCAAUUGAUGCCAUUGGAUAAUUUGAUUUCGUGUAAGUCAGUUAAUGUAUAUUUCAUAAAUUUUACUGGUAUCGUUACACCUAUGACAUUACUUCUAGAAACUCCCUCAAUUAUUAUUUGUAAUUAUUAUUCGUUUUUCUGGCAUGCAACAGGUAAAUCUUGAUUCUUGUGAUUCACCAAGUGUGCACCAAGUUCUGGUGCCAGAUAAAUAUUUAGGUUUUUCUUGUUCAGGACCUUUAUUAAAUUAUGCAUGCCGUACUUAUGCUCAAAAUCGUAAAAACCUUUAAUUGAUUUCUGUUGUGAAACAAAUUUCAAUCUGCAAGAUGUCAAUACCUCACAAGUAA